UUCACACUCGUUUUCGAUUCAGGCUCUAUAUAUUGUGAGAGGUUGUGCUUCAGUCCAUUCCUUCAUCUACUGUGAGGAUGUUGUGUUAUUGGGGAGCGCAGGUCAGGGAGGGCUUCGGGUUGUUACAGCCUGAUCAUGUCAGACAUGCGGAUUUUGGUGGUAUCCGCUUCAUGUUUCCAAAAUCAGAAAUACAGGACCUGUCAGCGGGAAGAAGCUUUGUUGGGUUCAUCCGGGAUGGGAAGGUCUCGGUCAUGAGGUUGCGCGCUGAAGACAACGAUCUUGAUGGCAGACUAAAACCACUACAGCUAAAGAAACACAAAAUCAGAUCAAUUGUCUGUGGGGGAACUGGUGCGGUCCUUCUUGCUCAUGGAGGAAAAGUCCUUAUUAUGGAUAACUCUACUAUGUGCACAUAUGUUUUAUCUGACAGCAGUCCUCUUAAAGGCCUGGAAAACAGACAGGUGAUACAGAUUGCAUGUGGAGACCAGCAUUCAAUGGCACUAACCCAGGAUGGUCAGUUGUUUGUAUGGGGUGAGAACUCUCACGGUCAGCUGGGUUUGAAGGAAGGACAAUCUGGCACUCUGACUGCUCAACAUGUUCAGAGUCUGUCUGGAAUUCCUCUGGCUCAGAUCAGCGCUGGAGGAGACCACAGCUUCGCCUUGUCUCUCUCUGGAGCUGUGUUUGGAUGGGGGAAGAACAACUGUGGACAGCUGGGCCUAGGAGACACCAAAGACAGACAUGUCCCAACAGUUGUAAACAGACUGAACCAAAAAAAAACUGUGUUCAUCUCUUGUGGAGGGGAGCACACUGCCUCUUUAUCAAAGGGUGGCACUGUGUUCACAUUUGGAUCGGGACGUUUUGGGCAACUUGGACACAACUCAUUUAGAGAUGAACAUCAUCCGCGGGUGGUCGCUGAACUGUGGGGAUCUGAAGUGUCCCAGGUCACAUGUGGAAGAAAUCACACACUUGUAUUAGUGGAAUCGUCAAAGCUGAUCUACUCAUUUGGAUGUGGGAUGCAAGGGCAGUUGGGAAACGGACAAAUGUGCAAUCAGUCUGUGCCAUUACCUGUGAAGCUACCAACUGAAUCUAAUCAUGCAUAUGCAACUGGGAAACUCAUUGCUGGCGAGAACCAUUCCUUUGCAUUGUGCUACAAGCUUGGGAAUGAAUCAGCAAAGCGAAAACCCAAUCUGGACAGAGGGGUUUUGACAUUAAAUGACAGAAUGAUUGACCGAUGGCUGUCUGAAUGUGAUUCAAAGUCAUGGAGAACAAUCAAGAAGGAAAUUAACAAAGUGUUUUCCUCCGCUGCAUCUCUGAAUGGAAGUUUUCUCAAAACAAGUUGUGACGAACAUUACCAGCCAUCUGUGGAGUUCUGUGGUUUGGAUUUCGACCAGGUCAAAAGAUCUUUAACAAAGAUAUCGAAGAAGGAAAGGGUUAUAUCCGAGGUAGUCAAGGCGGUUCAGGGUACAGUGCUGCCUUCUCUGAGCACAAACUGCAAUCUGAAUCCGAUUUGUGUGGAAUCUUUGAGACUUUACCUUCUUCUCCCUGAGCUCAUCAGAGUGGCUCCACAAAGAACUGAACUCACUGAAGCACUGGCCUCUGAAAUUCUUCACCUGAAAUCUGCUGCUCUCAAGUUGUUAGAAAACUACUGGUCCAGACUGCCUUAUGAUUGUCUUAAAGGCUUGGUGAAGUUAUUUCGGAAGGCAUCUGCCAAAUUGAUUGGCAGGAUUGCUGUUGACAACAUGAACUGUGACAUACCGACACGCCUGAAGAAAUGUGUGGAGGUCCUUCAGAUGCUCUAUAAGGUCUGUUGUAGUGCCAGCGAAGACAUUACAAAGAGUGAUUUCAUCAUUCAUGAGAUCAAUGAUCUUCUUGAUACGCUGCAAGCCACCAAUGAUGAUGUGCAAAACAACUGGUGGUGGCAUAACUGGAAUGGAAAUGUCAAUGAAAUAGUGGCAUUGCAACAGUACUACUAUACAGCUAUAAACAAUCUUAUAUCGCUUCCAUGCAUCUUUAACCUAGAGGCCAAAUUCAGCUUUUUGAAAAUUAGACAACGACAGUGGAUUUACAAUCUGACUUUGAGACGCACCGCACUGCUGGAAGAUUGUUUCUCUGUGUUGAGACAUGCCACCGAGCAACAGCUCAAAGGAGGAUGCCUGAGGGUGUAUUACACAGAGGACAUGAAAAAGUCAGAUGUCAACAAGAGGGACUUUUUUCUCAACGUGUUUAAAGAGCUGUGUGAACCGGCCUCUCAGAUGUUCAUAUAUAAUGACAAUAAAACCAUGAUCUGGUUCCCAACAAGGCCAACUGUAGAGAAGGAGAGGUAUUUCCUCUUUGGAAUCCUUUGUGGAUUGGCCUUCAACAACAACUGUGUAGUGCAACUGCCUUUUCCUUUAGCUUUGUUCAAGAAACUUCUCAAUGUCAAGACAUCUCUCAAAGACUUGAGAGAGUUUGAGCCGGUUCUUGGCAAGAGUUUUCAGGAAAUUCUGGACUACAGCGAUGAUGUUGAAGAAAUGGACAUUUACUUCAAGAUCAAAUGGAAUGGAGUAGAAGUGGAAUUGGAUCCCACUGAGCCAGGAAAAAAUGUAACAAAUUAUAACAGGAUAGACUUUGUGGACAAGUAUGUGGAUUAUGUCCUGAAUAAAUCUGUGGAGGGAGUGUUUGAAGAAUUCAGGAGAGGUUUCUUCAAAGUGUGCGAGAGUCACUUUGUGGAGAUGUUUGAACCAGAGGAGCUGAGAGGAUUGCUGGUGGGCAACGAGGAAUAUGACUGGGACACUCUCAAACAGAACACCCGAUAUGAAGGAGUGUUUGAUGCUGAACAUCCAACCAUCAUCUCAUUCUGGGAGGUGUUUGAUGAACUGACAUCAGUUCAAAAGAAGGCCUUUCUAUUGUUCUUAACGGGGUUUGCGCGAGUGCCCAUUCUCGGUAUGAGUCAGGUGAAGAUGAGAGUGAGAAACUUGCACAACUCUCAACAGGACCAUCUACCAGAGGCUCUGACCUGCCACGCCCUGCUGGAUCUUCCUGUUUAUCAGAGCAGGACAACACUCAAGGAGAAACUAAUUGAAGCCCUCAACCACAAAAGAGGGUUCUGGGAGGAAUGAGAUCGAUGCUUGAAGAGUUUUUAUUUUAGUUAUAUUAUCUUACCUUUGGAUAUCUAACCUGUGCUUCAGCACAAACCUCUCAGGAACUAAUUUAACUAGACUUAAAUGUGUUGUUUGCUAACUCACGCUAGGACUGUCACAGAGACAAAUGUGAACACCCAUUCGAGGGAUAUUCAAAAUGUAAACAAACACAUGUUAUAAAAAAACAUGUUCUAGCUUAACCUUGUUUGAAGGGAUAGUUCACCCAAAAAUGUAAAUUCUCUAAUCAUUUACUCACCCUC